AUGGAGCUGUCUGAACUGUGCACCAUAAUUACCACGACUUCUCCAACUCCGUCGAAUCCAGCCACUGAGCUGAUCUGCUCAACCUUGGAGAGUCUUGAGGAAUUUGUGCCAGAGUUGCUGCAUUGCCGCCACAUUGUCGUUUGCGAUGGUUACAAGCUUGCCAAUGACAGCAAGUUCCGGAGUGGCAUUGUGACGCAGGAGAGAGCCAAGGCAUACGAGCAAUAUGUGGCUAGCCUUGAGAUAUUCACGAAGACGAAACCGUCGCCUGUGUGGGAAUCGGUGGAAGUGCUGCGUUUGGUAGAACGGCAAGGGUUUGGGUUCGCCGUACGUGCGGCAUUGGAACUUGUCCGCACACCCUUCGUUUUCGUUAUGCAGCAUGACAGGACGUUCAUGCGCGGAUUUCCACACGUGCUGUCGCUGUUAAAGGGGAUGCUGCAGAACCCUUGUCUCAAGAUGGUGGGUUUGCCGACCACCACCAACGACCCGCCCCGCUACAUGAUCCAGGCUGUGACAAGGCUUGGGCAGAUGAAAGUCAUACAUCCACCUUUCGAAUCUCUGGUGGUCACAUCAUCGGAAUGCCCCUCCCUUCGUUUCAUCCCGAUGAUUAUGUGGCAUGAUUCGUCUCAUUUCGCAUUCACAACUUAUUAUCGCGAGUUCGUGUUUGGAAGACGUCAUUUAGUGACGCGUGGAGGAUUCAUCGAGGACAAACUGGGACAGCAGCAGGGAAUGGACUUGCGCUCGAUUGGUUGGAGCAGCCACGAGCAAUACGGAACGUAUUUAUUGGAUGAUGGGGCACCGGCACCUGCCCGAAUGGUUGGACACUUGGACGGUAAACGCUACCUUCGACAAGAAGCAAGGAUUGCACUGGAAGCUGCCGAGAGGGCGAAAGCUUCCAUGUCUGUGGGUGCUGAUAAUGACUCAUACGGCCCAGUCGUGGAUGAGAUCACUCGCGCGUGCAGCUGCUACCGACUUCGCCAUGGCCGAUCAUGA